UUUACUUGCGAUUUUUCUGAUACCUCGGCAUCUGAUUAAUCUCUCAAUUCCAUAAUAAUAUCAACAAAUAAGUGUGUUAAGUGGAGGCCAAAAUGAACAUGUUAUUAAAUGACUUCGCAAACAGGGUGGAUGGAGCGAUAAAUGAGCAUAUGUCAGAAUAUUAGAAAGAUAGAUACCGACAAAUGUGCAGCAGCAGUGGAUCGAUGUGAUUGUUAAUAGUGCUUGUGGGAGCUUUCCAACUACCUAUCAUAUUUGCUUUUAGGUGGGGGAUUACGACCUUGCCUAUAGUAGAGAUUUUUCUUUAUUAUUGUAGACAAUGUUGAACUGGUUAGGACGAUCUUCAUAAGAACUUAGGUCGGUAUGUUUGCAAAGAAGGUUCCUUCCUAUUUGUAAUCUCCACCUCUGUCCAAUAUGUCAUCAUUUAUUGCAAUGGAUGUGACAUACUUAAUAAAUUAAUAGUUUCUAAAAUUUUAAUGCAUUUUGUAGAUGAUAUAUUAUAUCUAUCGACGAUCGUUGGUGAUUAUAAAUAAUGUCUUGCAACACAAUAUCAAUUUACAAUCCUGGUAAUUGUUACUAAAAUCACUGUAAAAUCAUGUCACGCAAAGUAAGAGAUUCGAAAACAGACCAGCGGAGUCUGACACAAAGUAUUGAACGCUUGUGUACAAUUCACUUGGAGAGAAAUGUUUCAAGAGAAGCAAAGUAUUGCAAACCAAAAGUUCCACUCAGCAAGCUUCUGAAGCCAAUGAAAAAGGCUGCGUAUGAUGCACUUUUUGUCAGGAGAAAGAAAGACGUCAUGACUUUCACUGAAGAUCUUUUAUCAUCUGAUCAAUGGAAUGAAGAAAGUAUUGUGAGUGCUGUAGCAUUUAGAAUGAGAAUGGAUCAAAGAAGGCAUCAUGAUGCAGACAGAUUAGAGGAACAUACUGACAAAUUAUUGGCUGCUGAAGCAAAUGAACACAGAAGCUCUAUCAGAUUUCUUCUAAGUCUCGCUGAUACAAGAAAUUCUCCGAAUAAACACUGUGAUAUAAAGAAGAGGAGAAAAGCACCAACACGAGAGGGAAAUUAAAAAAUUUGGAAAAUUAAAAGGAUCUUUAUAUCAUGGAGAUUAUCCAUACCAUUUAUUUCAACAGUCAUACACACUUUAUCCAGAUUGGUAUUCCACAAAUAUUAAUAUCGAUCAACCAUUAUUAUAUCCUGAGAGGAGUCAGAAUACCAAUCAAGAUAUGUUUUAUGCAAAAGAAUAUUUUCUUCCCGAUAAAUUAGGAAACAAGAACCCCAAUGGAUUGUAUGGACUAGACUCUAAAGUUUUCUCUGAUAAAGGUUUAACGGAUUCAGCAUAUGAGUUUGACAGUCAGACACGAUUAUAUGGAGGUCUUCGACACAGUCGUACUUUUGAUUUGGAUGUUAAAUUAUCAUAUCCACCAAUCACGGGUCCUAUCGAUAUGAUGGCCUCCCUUCCUACCUCAAUGACUUCAGUAGAUGAAGGAUUCGUGUCACCAACAUCAAGUAUUGAUUUCUCAGAUUUAGAACAAGAUCCAGCAUCAUUUUCACCUCACAAAUCUGACAGCGGAAUAUCUACUCCUAUUGUUCCUUAUCAUGGCUACAGAGUUCCAAAUUAUGACUUGAAUGUUUGGAAAGAUUGCUUGAAAGUAAAGAAAAGUAAUCAUCGGACAUGGGAGACCCUUGGCUUACCUGCUGGAUCAACGAAACGUGAAUUCUAUCUCACUGAAGCCGGACCAAAAAUGUUUGAUGAAAUAUGGAAACAGCGGGCUUCAGUUAUUCAUAGAUUAGCAAACUUCUUAGAUGGUGGAAAUCUUCCAACGCUGGAAUUCAGAUGCCUGGAAGAAUCGAAACUUGUUAAACAAGCCACAUUAGUCAUGAUGGGUGUUUCAUCGGAUACAUUUCAAUUUAAUAGACUUGCUCAAAUGUUUAUUCCGCGCAAAAACAUAUAUUUUUCUGGUGUCGAUCCUGAAGCUGUUUAUUCACUUCUAUCAAAAUUCAGUGAAUGGGGAACAUGUUAUUGGAGAUUGGUUCAUUUCUCUGCAUUAUCUGUAUCAACAAUACAUUCGUCAAAUCCUUUUCAAUUAUUUAACACUUCAGCUGUCUCAUCAAGAAAUGAAGAAAAAGGAGUAAUUUUUAAGGCGUUUACUGAUGCAGUCAGAAGAUAUCUACAUGAAUUUCAACAUCAAAUAUUGGCAUUGAAAUUGGAAAAUAUAACUUUGCAAAAAUUAUCUGUUAAAUUAAGGAAAGCUGGUGCUCAGAUCAGAUACAUAUGUCAGUUGUGUCAAUGUGGUGACCCUGACUUGCCUCCUUCAUCACCAAAUAUUGCAGAAAACUUUCCUACUGGUGUACAACUUCUAUCUUAUUUAUAUGAAGAAGCGGUUCAUUGUCCUGAACCAAAUCAUUAUCUCGCUUUACUUUAUUUGCUGAGAAAAUCUUGCCUUCCAUACUUGCAAUUUGUCCAGAACUGGGUAUUCAGAGGACAAUGUUGGGAUGCUUCUGGUGAAUUCAUGUUGAACGUGAAUGCUGAUUUCGGUGGAGCUCGCAGAGAUCGUUUAAGAUGGUUGAAAUAUAUUGAACCAGUGGAUACAAGUGAUCCAGGAUCUUGUGUUCCUUCAUUUCUGGCACCAUUAGCUGAGGAGAUUUAUACUUGUGGAAAAACUGUUUCCCUCAUGCAGUUUAUUUCACCCGAGCAUUUCCUGGUAGUGGAUGGAGUUGACACUCCUGAUUUGGAAAUUACAUUUUCUAAACGAAAAAUACAAAUUAUUGAAAAUGAAUGGAUGAGACAUGGAAUGAAAAUGACCGAUCUUGAAGCAAUCAGAACAAUGCAUUGGGUAGAAAAGGAGGAAGAACUGAAAGCGUCUGCUCACAAGGUUGCUAUGUUAGUUAGGAAAGCAGCGAAAGAAGAAAUUGUCAAAAUGCGAAAUGAAAUUAAACAAAGAAAACAAGAAAGAUAUGAUAUAAAAAUGAAAGAAUUUGAAAGAUUGAAAAAACAAGCAAAGGAUGACGCUGAAAGGAGAGCUCUCGAGAUUCAAAAAGAAAAAGACGAAGAUCAUAAAAGAGAAGAAGCUAGACAAGAAAAAGAAAAAUUAAAACAAGCCGAAGAAAAUAGACUAUUAUCCGAGGAAAAGGAAAAAUUAGUUUCAUAUUAUGAAGAAUUAAACAUGGAAGCUGAAAGAAGAAUCAGGAAAGCUGAAUGGUUGAAGAGAAGAAAUCGACUUCAUUCUGAAAGAAUUAAACACUCAAUUGAAGACAAGCAAUACUGGAGAUCUGAGAUAACAAAAAUCCAACAAGCAGCUUCAAUUAACACUUCUUUAGUUGAUGUCCUUGCUGACAAAUCACAGGGGAAUCCUGAAAAGCAACAUGAAGUUGUAACUGGACGAAGUAGUAUCGAAGCACUUGACUCCACUAUUCUGAAAGAAUUCUUAGACAUAACUCUCCUAUCACAAGCUGAAGAGAAAUCUCUUGAAACUCAAACAAAAAUGGCUUCCGAUUUGGAAAGAGCAUUACAAGAUAUAUCACCACAAAAACCAUUAUCAGGAGUUUUCGAGAAUAAAGAUCCUGAUCUAUAUCGUCCUCAAACAGCGACCGGAAUUCAUCAUGUUUCAGAAGAAACUUUGUUAUCAUCCAACAUUGAAAAGACAACCCACACAAAAAUGGUUCACGGGAAAAGUAUAACUCAGUCUCAUUAUAAAUUCGAAUUUAAUGCGAGUAACUCAGAUUCGAAUGGUCCGAUUACUGCGAGUUCCAGAAUGAUCGGUGAAAAAAAUAUAUCACAAUCGUCUAUGAAUGACGUUUUCGAUGAACAAAAUUUACCUCAAAAUUCAGCGGUGCAUGGUACAGCUGUGAAACCUGUUGAAGGAAAAAAUAUUGCAGAUUCAAACAUUGGUGAUUUAAUGGGCGUUGGCUCCGCCACACCCCAUCCAGAAAACACUACUUCUAAAUCAAGAAAAUCUAUUCCUGGGCAAGGAGUUUCUACCACCACAUUCGACAAAGAUUCAACUGGCUUUUCUACUCAUAUUAAAAUAUCGAAAGAUAAAAAAGUAUCUGAUUCAACCAUGAAUCAAAUAAUAGGAGGAAAUUUUGAUACAAACGACACCACUACAAAAACAUUUAAAAAGCAGGUUGCAGGACAUGGAAUUUCAAAAUCAUCAGUAGGGGAUUUAUUGACAGAUAGCCCGAUUGGCGAUUCGAACAUAAAAAGCUCUAUUGUAACCCGAAGGUCUUCUCUGCCAGACUCCGUCAUGGGUGAAAUAUUAUAUGGGGCUGAUCAUGUUGACUCGAUUGCGACUCUGACCCAACACCCAGUAAAAGAUCCGAGCGCGCCCAACCCCUCUAAUAGUACUGUUGAAUCCCUACUUUAUGGAGAUAGUGAUUCAACAAAACAAGAAAUUCAUAAAAAGAAAAAAGUUGAUGGGAGAAAUGUUUCAGAUUCUAGUGUUGGAGAUAUGAUGAAUACGCAAACUUUGUCGAGUAAAGAUGCUCCAUCAAACCAGGAUAUUGAUAGAGUGAGGCGAUUUGCAAUUCAGAAUCAUAUACAUGGGAGUCAUCACAGUCAAUCAAGCAUACAAAAUCUCAUGUAUUAUCAAGACAGAGACCCAACAACAUGGGAAAAAGGGGAAAAAAAAAAUACAGUUGUAAAUGUUGUAAAGCAUCAACCACCGAUAAAUUCAUCCAAGAGACAUCCAUCUUACUCUACAUUACAACUGCAAAUGUUCACACCACUUGCUAUUGAUGAAGAAGAAGAAAUAUUCAAAGCUGAAGAAAAAACUUUUCAUCUCCAACUUCCUUCGAUGAUAAAUAAUUAUUCUGAUUCAUUGCAACCUAAACUUGACGCUCGAUAUCCCAAUAAGGAAGACAUAUUGCCAGUUGAUCUGCUUGGCAAUGUUGUCGGAAAAUCUUUUGAAUCUGAGUUCGAGGAUGAAGUGACAAUGAAUAAUGCUGAUUGGAGAUCUGACAUAGAUGCUGUAGACAUGCAUGCUUUGCCUGUAUUACUAAGUCAAUGUAUCGUCAGACCUAUCAUGCAACAAACUGCACUUGCGAACAGAUGCAUCAUCAACUAUUUCAUGGUGGACAUGGAAUUACCUCGGCAUUUUGAAAUGUUGAGACAUUUUUCGUUCAUGGAAGAUGGAGAGUUCGGACAAAUAUUGAGUAUUCAAUUAUUCGAGAAGAUGCAUAGCGGUUGUCGUCCGAUUGAUCUUCUAAAUCCAGUUAUAUUGGGAUCGCUUAUCACUCGAGCAGUACAAGGUUCUGCUCAACGUAAUUCUCCUCAUUCGAAGAGACUAACUUUUUCAGUUCAACACCUUCCAGAUAUCUUCAGCACAAACGAUCCGAGUUCCCUUGAUUGCUUCACGUUGAAAUAUGAUGUUGGUUGGCCUUGUAAUAUCGUUAUCACUGAAGCAAACCAACGAAAAUAUGGACAAGUAUUUGGAUUUCUUCUCAAAUUAAAACAUGUCAUGUGGGCUCUACAUGAUGUUUACUCAAAACUAUCAACAAUGGGAGACUCCUACACUUUAUUAUCGGAAUCUGAAUUGCGUCGACUACAUCUAUAUCGACAUGAAAUGCAAAAUUUUGUUAAAGUUAUGCAAGGAUAUGUGUCAACUCAGGUUGUGCAUGUAUGUUGGCAUGAAUUCCAAGAUGCUUUAAAAUCUGCAAAAUGUUUGGAAGAUCUUCAUAGUAUUCAUGUUGAAUAUUUAAGAAAAUGUGUAUACAGGUGUCUGUUGACAAAGAAGACUGCUGUUAUAAUGAAUGUCAUCACAGAUGUUUUCAAAACUAUUUUGCGUUUUUGGACUCAACUUUCUACAAAAUCAAUUGCUUUCUCUAAAUUGAAACAUACUUAUGAUAAUUUCCAGAAAUUUUCAUCGUUUUUAUUCAAGGUGGUUACAAAACUUGUUGAUCGUGGUUAUCAACCUCAUCUGGAAGAUUUCCUUGUUCGGCUCAAUUACAAUGGAUUUUACAAGGAAUAAAUACACAGAUUAUGUAUAAUCUUUAAACUCAAAUCCAAUACAAUAACCUGCAACAUUGUAGAACUAUCAAUGCCUGGAACUGUAAAGUUUUGUUAAUUGAUAAUCACAACAAAUUUAAAUCACUGAAGAUGAUACAGUGUUUUAUAUUGGUUACCGGAAAUAUUGAAAAUAAAAUUUUAGAUACUUUUUGUUACCAUACAAUAUAAACAUUGUUCAUCAUCAGUAAUGAACCAUUCUCCAAGUCAAUCUAUUUUAAACUAAUAACUGAUUAGGUAUUUCUGUACCCGUUCUGGUCUGGUAACCCCAGUAGAUGCCUUGAAAAAAAAUUUUAAAAGGGAAAUAUAGAAAUCCUUUGUUUAGGCUUGAGUUUGUUAGUCAUUGUUUGCACUGGACAAAAGAAACAUACAAUAGAGAGUCUAGCAUAAAAUACAGGCUAAUUUGAUGAGCGCUAUUGUUUGAAAUUUAUUGUUGUCAUGUCUCAGCGUGAUAAGUAUAAAUUUUUAUUGAAUGAUCUAGUUUGCAUAAUUGACAAUCUUGGGAGGGAAGUUAAUAAACAAAACAAAAAAUGUAAGAAUGAAGACAACAGAUCAGGGGGGGCGGUGAAGCUCGAAAAUUGUUUUCCGAUCAAUGGAGGCUUGUUGCGUGAUGACAUGGUUGAUCAGUUGGAGAUAUUCUUCAUCUCUGUAAUUCUUUUCUCAUCUUUUAUGAGCCCUUUGUAUCUGAAAAAUCAGGUAGUAUUAAAGUAUAAGCACCAAUUUAUUAGCAAACAAUGUAUCCACUAUUAUUCUUAUUGCCAAAUCACUGAGGCUCGAAACCAUGAUGGUACCAAGUAGACCAGUCAUGUUUUGCCUUUUCCACUGUAUAAUUUACUGUUGCUGCUCUGCAAGCUGUUACAUUCGUGCUUUUUGAUUACCCGAUUUUGUAAUAAAUAAUAUCCAUACAA